AUGGAGAGUUCAAUCACGACAGUUGAAACAUUACAAAAUACAAUAAAAUCCAGUCAUACUGGCUGUUACAUUUACACCCUGGAUCAUCUUUCGUUCAAGUCUGGAGAAGAAGCCGAGGGAUCAAGCAACAACGUUGCUGCAGCUCACGGCUUGUUGUCUCGAAACGAUUCCCAGGACAAAGCUGAGGAAACUGAAGUCAAAGACGUUGAAGAAGAGGUGGUAACGUCUGCAUUCAAAGACAAACUCGAAGACGAGUACGACAGUGACGACGAGCAUCAUCUCUGCUCAUUACUUCUUUACUUUAUCUCAAAGACUCUCCUGAACCAUCUUAGAGACGAACUGAAGGAACCUCCCAUGGAUCGCUUUGCCGAACAGCUCUUUGGAAAGCAAGACCAGUCUUCUCGGUCGCGACUCCCAGAGGAGCCCAGUUUCAUGGAAACGUUUGCCAAGAACUUGGCCAAAUCUGCUGCAAAAUCCGCUGCCAAACGAGCCAUGGGCCAGUCCUCCUCUGAGAAGCGUACCCGCGAUUGGACUCGGGGUACUAGCAGUAACCAGAUCAACCCUGAGGACUUUCGCGGCGUUGCGGAGUUUGUUAUUGGUAUGCUGAGUAGCAACAGCAAGUCCGAACAGCCCAGGAAGGGUGAGGAUGAUCGAAAGAAGGAUAGAAAGAGGAAGAGGGAUAAGGAUAGGAGCAGAGAAGUUCCGAGGAGUAGGGAUGUAGAGGAUGAGGGUGAGAAGUAUGGAUCGGAUAAGGAGAGGCGCAAGAGGAGACGCCAUCGUGUUACCUUUGCAGAGCCGUACUAUGACGCUCGUCCUCAGGAGGAAAGUUACUAUCCACCACCCUACGAAUCUCGCCGUCGUCGCGACCGCCGCCAGCAUGAAAAGGAUCCAAGCCAGGGACAGGAACAGGGCCAAGAACAAGAGCAAAGACAUGGCCGAGGCGAUUAUGACGAAAUGGAAGACCGAGAAGAACGAAGGCGUCGUCGUCGCCAACGCCGCUACAAGCGAGACCUAGACCUCAAGACCCUCAAGACAGAGUUAGAAGCCAUGUCUAGCACCAUCAUCUCUCUGAAUGCGCGCGGCGCUAGUCACCGCGACUGCGAGUUCUACGACCGCUUUGUUCGAAAGGGCGGGAGGCUGCAGGAUGUUAUCGGAAGCACACUGGGCCAGAUCAGGGGAUUGCAGGAUGGUGAUACAGAGGCGGAGGAGAGGAGACGGAAGAGGGAUAGAAGGAGAAGGGAGAAGAGGUGA